UAUAAACACAUUUACCGACUGAUUGCCAUUGCCUGAACUCCGUGAGAAUUGAAGUCUGUGUAUAAAAAUGGCUUUAUCUGUACCCAAAGCACCCGGAGUGUCUCAGAUGCUCAAGGAUGGAGCCCGUAUGUACAGUGGCUUGGAAGAGGCUGUCUAUCGCAACAUCAGCGCCUGCAAAGAGUUUGCCCAGACAAUGCGUUCUGCUUAUGGCCCGAACGGCAUGAACAAAAUGAUUAUCAAUCACAUUGAGAAACAGUUUGUGACCAGCGACGCGGGCACCAUAAUGCGCGAACUCGAUGUAGAACAUCCAGCAGCCAAGCUGAUUGUGAUGGCCAGUCAAAUGCAGGACGCCGAGGUGGGAGAUGGCACCAAUUUCGUUGUUGUCUUAGCUGGAGCUUUAUUGGAAUCCGCUGAGGAAUUGCUACGUCUGGGCAUUACAACUGCCGAGAUAGCAGAUGGUUAUGAGAAGGCUUUGGAAAAGGCUCUAGAAAUUCUGCCCAAAUUGGUUUGUCACAAAGUGGAAGACUAUCGCAAUGUGGAGAAGGUCAAGGAUGUAUUGCGCACUGCUAUCAUGUCCAAACAGUAUGGCCAGGAGGAUUUCCUUAAUGAUUUGGUGAGCAAGGCCUGCGUCUCCAUUCUGCCCGAUGAUGGCACCUUCAAUGUCGAUAAUAUACGUAUCUGCAAGAUUCUGGGCAGCGGCUUGUCUAAGUCCGAGGUGGUCCGUGGUAUGGUAUUCAAGCGUUUUGUCGAGGGUGACAUCACCUACGCCGAGAAAGCUAAAGUGGUAAUUUUCUCCUGUCCCGUGGAUAUUAUUCAGACUGAGACUAAAGGCACAGUUCUGAUCAAAUCCGCAGAUGAGUUGAUGAACUUCUCGUCCGGUGAAGAGAGUCUGUUGGAAUCGCAGAUUAAAUCUAUCGCCGAUGCCGGUGUCAAGGUUGUUGUUGCCGGCGGCAAAGUGGGAGACAUGGCCUUGCAUUUCCUGAACAAAUACGGUCUUAUGGCAGUCCGUUUGAACUCCAAGUUCGAUUUGCGUCGCCUUAGCCGUUCGGUGAAUGCCACAGUUCUGCCCCGCAUCACCACUCCCAGCCAAGAGGAGUUGGGCUAUUGCGACAAAGUGUGCAUCGAGGAGCUGGGAGACACCACAAUUGUGGCCUUCCGCAACGAGGGUAAAGACUCGCGCAUUGCCACCAUUGUUAUUCGCGGUGCAACCGAUAACUUCAUGGAUGACAUUGAGCGUGCUCUAGACGAUGCCGUUAACAACUUCAAAUGCCUGAGCCGGGAUGGCCGUUAUUUGCCCGGUGCUGGUGCUACAGAAAUCGAAUUGGCCGUUCAGUUGUCUGCCUAUGCCGACACCUUGCCCGGUUUGGAGCAAUAUGCUGUGCGUAAGUUUGCCAAUGCUUUGGAGGUCUUCCCCAAGGCUUUGGCUGAGAAUUCCGGCACAAAUGGCACCGAAAUUGUUAAUCAAUUGUAUUUGGCCCACAAUUCCGAAUCUGGCAAAAACACUGGCUACGACAUUGAGUCAGAGAAGGUCAACACAGUGGAUACAGUGAAGUCAAAGAUCUUUGAUCUAUAUCAAUCCAAAUUCUGGGGUCUCAAGUAUGCUGUUGGUGCAGCCACAACCAUUCUGAAAGUGGAUCAAAUCAUUAUGGCUAAGCGAGCGGGUGGACCCAAACCACGACAGGCUGCCGGCAGUGAUGAUGAGAGUUAAGUUAUUCACCUCCACCCCCCUCACUUCGCGCUAUGUAUUUUUUCUUAUCAUUUAUAAACUUUGAGUAUAGCUUGGAAAUUGAAAAUUUCGUUAACAUCUCACACACACACUCACCCACAACAAAAUACACACACACAAAACUUAAACUCACACUGUAUCGUAUUAAUAAAACUAAAAAUUAUGA